AUGUUUUUCCAUGUUUUUCCUUCGUCCAGUUGGCAGGAGACCUAUUGGCUUGCAGCCGACUUCUCCCGAGGUCUGUACUUCAAACGACUGGAGUAUUUCAACUUCGGAAGUGUCCUGCACAAUGUGUUGAUCUUUAACAUCUCACGUACGGAGCUGACACGUGGUGACCUCGUAAAGUGCCUAAAGGCGGCACCGCAUGUGGUACGCCUGGAUGCCAGCCGUUGUAGUCUGGAAGAGCUUCCAGAUGCCCAAGUGUGGAGAAGCCAGCUACACCUCAAGGUGGUACUGUUACAUCACAACAGUUUGACUUCGUGGAUCGAUUUGGAAAGUGUUUGCUCUGCUCCGGAAUUAAAAUGGCUCACAGUCUUCCAGAAUCCCAUUGCAGGUGAUCCAACCAUCAGAUCACAGAUAUUGGCCCAGAAGCCAGAGAUUUUGGCCGUUGACUACGUGGUCGUGACUGAACCUGAACGCCUGAGAUGGAACGAUGCCUACGGGGCGUUGAUGGGGAAGUUUCAAGCCAGGGCUUUGGAUCCUGACUAUUCGGAGGAAAAGAAGCCAGGCCUCUCCAUGAAACAACAGGAAGAAUUUCUGGUACGGUCAGCCUUGAAGGAAAUCCAGUUCAUCGAGAGUUUCUCCAAGAAACGCUCUCCCUCCCGCCGGAUUCAGGCAGCUUGGCGCGGCUUUUGUGCGCGCCGAGCCAUCGUUGAGGAGAAGGCCAAGAUUGUGCAUGCGGUUCUGCUGAUUCAAUCCGGAGCCAGACGGCUGCUCUGGCGCCGGAAGAUGGUGGAGCACGUGAAGGUGACGUUGUGGUCUUCUUUAAUGGCUCGAAUGGCUCAGGAAUUCCUAGCGGAAAUCGAUGAACUGGACUUGCUCCUUGAUGCCAAGGAGCUGGACGUGUUGGAUAUGUUGGCUGGUGUUAGCUGGUGGAUGAUGGAAUUCAUUGGUUUGCAGUUUGAUGCGGAUCUUUCUUGGACUGUGGCAGAUGUGAAAGCAAAGAUUGCGGAGUUUACUGCAAUCCCUCCACAGCAGCAACGCUUAGUUUUGCCGGAGGGAACAAUCUUGACCACCAUCUUUCACCACCAAGCCAGCUUGAACGACAAGGAAGUGCUCAGCAGUAUCCGUGCUCCGGGCGUGGACGUUUUGCACUUCCAACUCGCCACUCUUUCUACCUUCCAAAAGGAAUGGAUUGACCGUGUGGCUGGUCGACCCAUGGUCCUUCGAGAUGCUCCGGAGGCCAUCCGGGACGAUCGUGCCGUGGUCUCCUCUGCGGUGCGCGCGGCCGGGGAGGCCCUGCAGUUUGCCUCGCCCGCGCUGCGGAAGCACCGGGCCACGGUGCGGCAGGCGGUGCAGCAGAUGGGCGGAGCGUUCCUCUACGCCUCCGCGGAGCUCCGCAGCGACCGGGACUUCGUACUGGAGAUGUUGGCGCUGAAUCCGGGAUCCAUGCAGGGAGCAUCUGCAGACUUGCUGAAAGAUCCGGACUUCAUCCUGGCGGCCAUCCGCAGCAACCCCUGGGCACUGGCUCUGGCACCAGCAGAGAUGCAGAAAAAUCGAGACUUUCUGUUGAAGGUGGUGGCAACGCGGGGAGAUGCUUUGUAUAUCAUCCCGGCAGAGUUCUGCGACAAGGAGAUUGUGUUGGCUGCGGUUAAGCAGUGUGGUGACGCCUUGGAGUUGCUCCCGGAGGACUCCCCGCUGCUGGAGGAUCGGCAUGUGAUCCAUGCGGCCGUGACGCAGGGAUCCGCGGACAUUCCCAAGGCAUGGGGUGGAGACCGAGAGCUUUUGUUGUUGGCCAUCCAGCGAGAUGGUUUGCUGCUGGAGCGCGGCAGCGCAGCACUGAAAGAUGACCCAGAGGUCGUCCUCACUGCAGUGCAGCAGAAUGGUAAUGCCUUCAAGUCGGCGUCGAACAGGCUUCGCUCCAAAAGGAGCUUUAUUUUUGAGGCCACCAAGAUCAGCGCCGAUGUGGUGAAACACGUUUCCCCUCUUCAUCGAACGGAUACGACCUUUGUGGCGUUGCUUCAGCGCAUCGCUUCCGGUCAGGAGGUCAGUGAGGAGGAAGCGUCGAAGAUUUGCCAAGGAAGACAUGAAGAUCAGUUGCUGAAGAGCCUCGGUCCAAAGAUGGCUGCUACGGAGAAGUCUUCACCGGAUGGAGAGAAAGGUGCGCCAGGAAAAGCUGCGGUGGAGAUCAUCGGUCGAUUCAUGCGUGGCUGCUUGGCACGCCGGCGAUUGUUUUACAACGUGGCAAAGUUCCACGAGUCUUCGGCGUUUUAUUUUCCGGAACACCACGCCUGGGAGUUCCAUGUGGUUUGCAACAUGGUUCUCCGAGCCCAUGGAUUUCCGGUCCUGCCACCAGAUCAUGUCUUCGAGGACUCCGACAUCAUUGGUAUUCGCUUCCCAGAGUUUGAUGAGGUUCCUCGAAGGCAAACGACCUUGUUGAAGUUUUUAAGGCUGGCCAAGCGAGUGGUGGUUCGACCUCUACAUUCCGGACGGUUCCCUCAACACCCAUGGGAUGGUCCUUUCCACCGAUUGGUUGACCAGGCUUCACCAGGCGUCCAAUCUUCCCUGGACAAGGUGAAACGACGUGGGGGCAAUGUGAACAAUCGAAGUCGUCAGGCCUUUCGGCUGUCUUGCUGCCCUGGCGAGCACCCGAUUCGACUAAAGGAGAACUGCACCAACGAAUGUUUGGUGCUGAAGGAUUUGAUCAACGCUCCGGAGCACACCUGGCCAGAAGAGGCCAAGAAGGAUACCUUCCUCAGAGCCUUCGUCAAAGAGGCACAGUUGAUCAAGCGCAAGACCUGGCACCCGUGCUGGGUGAAAUCCAAAGCAGAGGCGCCGGUGCCGCAGAGCCGACGUUUUCUGAAACGUUUCUGGAUCCUGAUCUGCUUGAAGCAUCGAGCGAAGCAUCUUGAAGCGGAUCGGCAGGUGGAUCCCAGCGGCCUGCAGAACUACGCCCAAACUGCAUGGUGCCUGCACAGAACUUGCACAGAACUUGCACAGAACUUGCACAGAACUACAACUGCUCAUUAG